UCAGUUUUAUCCUAGCAGCUGCUUCGCUGAUUAGUAAAGCGGGUCUUCAUCCGGUCCUCUCUACUCAACUUCCUAUGAAAACAACACCACGUGUGCGAACAUUGAAUGGGUAGCUGUCACUUCUUUCCACAUGCGCUACAACAGCAAACUGAGUUUAUUUCACCGUUUAAGGACUCGGAGAUUUGCUCGUUUUAACCGAUUAACCAGAGUGCCUUCUUCUGAGAAAGUUGGUUCAAGAAUUUUAACAGUUCUUUUGCUUGCUAAGCUAAGUUAGCCAAAGGUAACGGAAGCUAACGUUAGCUAACGUUAGCAUAAAGCUAGCAAGGGGGAGCAACGUGGAAGGGCAAAACUCGGUGAGUGAUUGUCUUCACCAUGAGCUUUGUGGAAUAUUCAGAUCUAAUCCAAGAUGGAGACGUUGCCAUUGUUUACCUGAACCACAUCUCAGCGAUGCCUGUCAAGGUGAAGCAUGGCGCCCAAACGCAGACGCGCUACGGAGUCAUUCGCCACUCCACAGACCUGAUUGGUCAGCGUUACGGAUCAAAGGUAACUUGUAGUAAAGGCGGUUGGGUGUAUGUGCUUCACCCCACACCAGAAUUGUGGACAGUCUCGCUGCCGCACCGCACCCAGAUUCUCUACACCACCGACAUCGCCACCAUCACCAUGAUGCUGGAGCUGAAGCCGGGUUCUGUCGUCUGCGAGUCAGGUACAGGUAGCGGGUCCCUCUCCCACGCCAUCCUGCGGACCAUUGCCCCCACCGGUCACCUGCACACGGUGGAGUUCCACCAGCAGCGGGCGGAGAAGGUGGCCGAGGAGUUCAAGGAGCACCGCGUGGAUCAUCUGGUCACUGUCAGGAACCAGGACGUGUGCAAGGAUGGGUUUGGAGUGGUAGGGGUGGCAGACGCUGUCUUUCUGGACAUCCCCAGCCCCUGGGAAGCUGUUGGACACGCCAAGGCUGCCCUGAAGAAGCACGGAGGUCGGGUUUGCUCCUUCUCACCAUGUAUAGAGCAGGUUCAGCGGACAUGUGAGGUACUGGCUGAUCAGGGCUUCCAGGAGAUCAGCACCCUCGAGGUCCUGCUGAGGGUCCACGACGUCCGGACCAUCUCCCUGCCGCUCCCUGACUUCGGCCCCGACCCCGCCGCUCGGGCUGAGCCAGGCAUCGUGGACAAGGCGCCUCUACCUGCUGCUCCAAACCACAGCUCCGUCACCAUGAAGACCACCACGCCACCCAGAGAAAUGCCCGGUCACACGGGGUACCUCACCUUCGCUACCAAACCCAGAACUUAAAGCUCGAGAGUAGAAUUAUUUCAAUUUUUUCUAAAAAAGCUUAUAAUCCGCCUCUCUCAUUUAUACCACUAGUAAUCCAGGAAGGGGUACCAGGCUCCCCCAGGUCCCAGCAGGCCCUGCAGCACCAAGCGGAUUUACAGCUAAGGGUUACUUAAUUUUUUUGCUCCGUCACUUGGCACCACUUUGUUGCUUGUAUCAAGCAGGAGUGAAAACCAACCUGACAGCAGUUUAAUUAGCCAAGAUCAGGAUUUAUAACUGGGCCAUUUCUGAUUGAUUACCUCCUCUUUUAUUAAAAUAACUUCUGAUAAGUGCUUUUUUUUUUUUUUUUUUUGGCGAUUUUAUGGUUUUUUUUUUCCUUUGUUUACACUUUUG